UCAGAAGGUCCUUGCCAUUCAUGGUUUAGCAUUUACCGACGUGUAUUUAGUUGUAGCCAAUGCGGAAAUAGGAAGAAAUGACAUCUGAGGUUGGGAACACAAUGUUUAACGGGGUUCAGGGCCCGGGGCCUGGAGGUGGCGGCAUCUCCUCCUUGGACGGACUGGAGUGGGAUUCUUCAUUGUUUGAGGAACUCAGCAACUUAGUAGAUGUUGAUUUUUUUGAAGAUGGGAAUUGUGGUGCUUGUGAAACCAGUUAUGAUGAUCUUGAUUUCACAGUAGAUCUGAUGUCAUGGAGUUCAUAUCCAUGGGACGUUCCUGAUCAGCAGUGUAUUGAUCUAAAAUCAGAGCCAUUGUCUCCUGCAUCUUCCAGCUGUUCUGUACGGUCUCCUUUGCCUGCUAACUCCCCACUUUCCUCCUCACAAUAUGUACCGGAUGAGGUUGAUAAUUUCUCUGGUUCUCAGAUGUCUCCACUUUCUUUAUACUCUGAAGCAACAAGAAAUCCUAUAUCCCCAGAUCAAGCUGAAGAAAAGCCAGCAAUCGCAAUACCACUUAGCAUGGGUAUCUCUUCUACUAAACUUAGAAAACUGCUCAGUGUGCUAUGCCCUCCAUACAACCGAAAAUUAUCCUGGUUUCUAAUUCUACAGGACAUCCCAUUCAUCUCCGGAAUUGCCCCUAACCCUGUUUUUACUUCAGCCCUUACCACAAUGUUGCCAAAGCCACAGCCUUUAAUAACAAUUCAGCCGACAAAACAAGCCGGUCAAGUUAUUUUAACUCCUUCUGCUGUUGUUCAGCUUUCUGGCACUGGGAUUGUAACUUCACAGCCUGUGCUCACUGUAAGUGGGGCACCAUCCAUAAACCUGCUGUCACAUACCAAAACUUCACAGGUCAAAAAACUUUCACAGACGUCAAUCCAGACAACAGAUUGUGGAACUGAUAUAAAUGUGAUACGAAGGCAACAAAGAAUGGUUAAAAACCGUGAGUCAGCAUUCCAGUCAAGAAGGAAGAAGAAGGAAUAUAUGCAAUGUUUAGAAAUACGACUGAGAGCAGCCUUGUCCGAGAAUGAAAGACUCAAGAAUGAAAAUGGGUCCUUGCAGAAACUUCUGGAAGAAGUUGUAUCUGAGAAUCAGAAGCUUAAAAUCACUGCUCCAAAGAGAAGAGCCGUCUGUCUUAUGAUGUUGGCUGCAUUUUUAAUGAUUAAUUUUAACCCACUAAGUAUUUUGGAGUAUAACCCAGGUCCCUUUGAUGUGGAGGUGAGUCUUCCUCGACCACGUAGUAGAAACUUGCUUGCAUUUUCACCUGAUAGCAUGAAUAUAAAAGACAAAGAAAUUUCACCACCGAAUACAAGACAUGAAAAUCACAUCUCAACUGAAAAGGCCUUGAUGGUUGUGAAAGAGGAUCCACUGAUGUACAUUCCUCCUCCUCCUCCUCCUCCUUGCAGACCACAUGUCAACCAGACAGAAUCCCUUAGGUUAAACCAAGAGCUUCGUGGCUGGGUCCAUAGACAUGAGGUUGAAAGGACAAAGUCUAGACGAACACUUAGCACCCAUAAGGCAAGGGCAGUGCAGAAAUCAGAUGAAAAAGAUGGCACACAACUUGUAACCGUGCAAUACACAGAGACCAGCUUAAAGAACUCUGUAAAUGAGUUACAGAUAUAUUAUUCUUCACCAAGAAGCUAUCAAGAGUUUUUGGAAGCUAUCCGUAGAAGGAGUGACACAUUUUAUAUUGUUUCUUUUCGUAGGGACCACUUACUACUGCCUGCCACCAGCAGAAAUAAAACCAGCAGGCCAAAGAUAUCAAUUAUUUUGCCAUCAACAAAUGUAGAUGAUAAUGUGAUUAAUGAGCAGGAAUAUGAAGUCAUGAUGCAAAUAGACUGUGAAGUCAUGGACACCAGGAUUCUGCAUGUAAAGUCUGAAACUAUCCCUCCAUUCCUUAGAGAGCAUCGUGAGAACCGAACCAAUUCUUUCUAUAACGCUGCCUCUUCAGGCCCUGAGCACGGCCAUGUUGUAAGCACAAUUUCAAAGUCUCCACUUUGAAUUAAAAAAAAUAAAAGUCUCAA